AUGGGGUGUCCUAUGAUCAGAAUUCGCGAUGAGAUGCAGUGGUUCGUUAGGGUAUCAUUUGAUGCGCAGCUUGAAGCGGAGCUCUCCAUCGCCCUAGCCUUUAGCCUCUCGCGGCACGCCACGGGAAUUGACCGGCGCGUCGGCAACGGUGAGACCGUCAUCCGAAGCCAGACGAUGGGCAUCAGCCUAUCUGAGAAGACAGUCGGUAUCGUCGGCAUGGGCGACAUGUACAUCCAAAACGCCAGGAAAUGGAGGAGUGUGUGCUCUGCUAACAAUAUCGGGUGUGGCCCCGUGGUGCCCAAGGAGGCGUGGGCAGACAUCUCUCGCAAGCGCAUUGACACCCUUCAGGGGCUGCUGCCCGAGGCAGACGUUGUGACGCUGCGCGUGCCCCUUUUGCCGACGACAAGAGGACUUAUUGGCGAAGAAGAGCUGUCGCUGAUGAAGAGAAAUCCCAUACUCGUUAACACUGCGCGAGGCAGGCUGGUGGACGAGAAGGUGUCGGGUUGCUGGAGGCGCUCAAAAAGAGGAAGCUAUGUGGCGCAGUACUCGAUGCAAUGGAGGUCCAGUCGCUGA